AAUGUUAAGUUUGGAUUCAUUUACUUACCGAUUAUUGUGGCGUCUUAAAAGCUUUCUUCGUCUUCAAAACAGAGGCCCACAACCAAUUAUUUACAAUGCACCUUGUCGUAAAUUCAUUCCUCCAUCGAAUUUUGAGAGUUUGCUGGAUAAAGAAAAAAUGAAAAAUUUUGUGGCGCUUAAAGAUGAACUAAACAUCCUUACACGAAUAUUUAAUCAAUUACCUGAAAAACUUGAUGAAAAAGAUUGGCAUUCCUUAAUUCAAUUAUCAAAUACAAAGGAUCGUUUCUUUUAUUUACGUUUUCUUUACAAACGUGAAAAAAAGCGAACAAAUGAAAAAAUAAAAGAAGAAACGAGAAAAUUAAGAUUUGAAGAAUAUAAGGAACAAAAAUUACCAAUUAAUAAAGAAGAACAAUCUUUAAUUUAUUUACGAAAUUCGCAUAUUGAUUUAUUACAAAAACGUUUUACGACAAAUAAAAUUAUUGAAGCAUUUCGAUUAAAAGAAGAAUAUCCAAUAAUUGCAAUUGAUUGUCGUUGGCUUCAUUUACAUUCAGAAAGAGGUCUUAAUUUGGCUUGUAAACAAUUAAAAUAUUUAAUUGGAAGAAAUCGAGAUCGUGAAAUUCCUUGGCCUUUAUAUUUAACAAAUUUUAUUGAAGAAAAUAAUUCAAAAAUAGAAGAAGCAAAAAGAAAACAUUUUUCAAUUAUUAAUGGAAAAUUCUUCACAGCACAUAUUACAUCAAAAUCUUAUUUGGAAUUAUUUCCUGAAUUGAAAGAUAAACAAAAAAUUGUUUAUCUUUCUCCCCAUUCGAAGGAACCUUUGGAGUCAGUUGAACCAAAUACUUGUUAUAUAAUUGGUGGAAUUGUUGAUGCAUUUUCAGAGCCAGAAAUUCCUUCAAAAGCGUCAAUUGAAGUAGCAACACAAGAAGGACUUCAAUGUAAACGUCUAAAUUUAGAUUAUAGGCAGUUAAAAGGAGGAAAUCCAAUGUUUACAUUAGAUCAAGUACUUGAUAUAUUACAUGAUGUUUAUGAUCAGUCUGAAUGGGAGGAAACAAUUAGAAGAUAUGUGCCAAAACGAAAAUUUGAAUCAAAAUCAGAAAAAAAUUUAUUAGUAAAAAGUUUUUAUAAAAAUACGGCUGAAAGAAAUAGACAAAUUAUUGGAAUUCUUCAAAGAAACUGUGGGAUUAAUCAAAGUACAACAAAUGCUUAUUAUCAUACAACGACAAAUUGUUUUGAAGUAAAGAAAGAAAUGGAAACAAAAAUUCCUUCAAAACAAUUAUUUGAUGGAACAAUUAAAAGAAAAACGAAUGGAGGAAUGUUUUUAGAAAAGAAACAAAAUAAUUAUAAAAAUAAUUUGAUGGAUUUACUUUUUCCAAAAAUGCUUCUUGAUUAUAAUAAUUUACAAAAAGUAAUAGGUUUUGCAGUUGCUUUAGAUGUCUUAAUUCUGUCAAUUAUUUUUUGGUUAGAUAAAAAGGAAAUGGAAGACGAGGAAAAACAACAGAAAAUGGACAUACUUUAUUUUUUGUUAUUUACAAUUAAUUUGAUUUUUUGUUUAUUGUUACGUAAAAAGAUGAUUGCAGCGAGAAGCAAAAUUGUUAAAUAA